AUGAACACCGCAAUUAUUCUUCUUUUUACAUCAUUUUUGGCAACGGUACCGGUGGCUCUUCAGUUACCUUCGUCAAAAAAUAAACUGAAAGAUUCAGAGCAUUUCACAGGAGAGCAGCCACAAGCUACGAACUCUAGCUCGGGUUUGCAACAAGUUGGAGCUGUAUAUAUAGAUCAGAAAUCUGAAAACGCCCGAUUAGUUGUUCAAAUAGAUAACCCUCCUCUCGUCGGGAAGUACCAUAGGGAAUGGUCGUCAAUAGAUCAUUGGCUAGGCAACAACCAGAAAAAUAACCAUUUUGUCGGAGGAUCUAAGAAUAAUUUGCCUGCAAGCUAUCGCCCUAGGGGGGAGCUCUGUGGCGGUCCUUCGGUCCAAUGU